AUGAGGCUCACAUUGUGUACAAUAUUUUUGAUUGUUUCUCUUCACGGUUCUUUUGCACCUCCGGUAACCCAAGACAAAGCAAAAGAUGACAGUGAAAUCAAAGACGACUUGGAAGAUUAUAUGGAGUAUCAUCGUUACCUCAAAGAAGUGGUCCAAGCCCUCGAAAGUGAUCCAGACUUUCGUGAAAGACUAGAAAAAGCUGAUGAAGAGGAUGUUAGGACUGGCAAAAUUGCUGAACACCUUGACUUUGUCAAUCAUAAUGUUAGGACCAAACUAGACGAAAUUAAACGGAGGGAGUUGGACCGACUACGUCAUUUAGCUACUAAGCAAUUUGAAAUUACUAAUAACCUUGAACACGAAGGGAAAGUGCCGACAAGUGAUCAUUUAGAUCACCACAAUCCACAAACAUUUGAAAUUGAGGAUCUCAAAAAACUUAUAAAGAAAACAACUGAGGACUUAGAAGCGGCGGACAAACAGAGAAAGGAACAAUUUAAGGAAUAUGAAAUGCAAAAGGAAUUUGACAAACAUAAGAAAUUGGAAGGUAUGGAUGAAACACAAAAAAAAGAAUAUAUGGAUAAACUAAAGACUGAAGAAGAUGCUAAGAAACACCACAAACCGAUCCACCAUCCGGGAUCCAAACAGCAAUUAGAGGAAGUAUGGGAGAAACAAGACCAUAUGGACCAACAAUUUGACCCUAAAGCAUUCUUCAUGAUGCACGGUGAGUUAUUAAUUAUAUGUUGUCUGUGGCAGCUUCACCAUCCAGUGACGAGAGGUCAAUUGUUAGAAUUGUGGAAAAACGAAAAAAUGGACAAAGAUUUCGACCCCAAAGUGUUUUUCAUGAUGCAUGAUGUUGACGGUAAUGGCGUAUGGGACGCGGACGAGGUAAAAGCUUUAUUUAUCAAGGAGUUAGACAAAUUGUAUGGACCUGGAGGUCCCAACAAGGAUUUGCAUGAGAGAGCCGAGGAAAUGGAAAGGAUGAGGGAACAUGUGUUUAAAGAAAAUGACAAAAAUCACGACGGUUUGAUUGACUUCCACGAAUUUAUGACUGAGACCCAACGCGCUGAGUUUAACCAAGAUGACGGCUGGAAAUCCAUUGAUGAGAAUCAAAUUUAUACACAACAAGAGUAUACUGAAUAUGAACGCAGGCGUUUGGAGGAGUUACAUUAUCUUCAGCAACGUGGCCUGGUUGACGCCCACGGUCGUCCAGUUCCGGGUGCAGAACACCAAUUACAUCAAUACCAGCAACAGGUGUAUCAACAACAGCAACAGGCGUAUCAUCAACAACAACAGGCGUAUCAACAAAAUCAACAUUACCAAGGACAGAUGCCGCCUCAAGGACAGAUGCCACCACAAGGUUAUAUGCCACCUCAAGGACAGAUGUCACCUCAGGGUCAUAUGCCGCCUCAGGGACAGAUGCCAAAUCAAGGACAGAUGCCACCUCAGGCACAAAUGCCAAAUCAAGGACAGAUGCCACCUCAAGGACAGAUGCCACCUCAGGGUCACAUGCCGCCACAGGGACAGAUGCCACCCCAGGGACAGAUACCAGCUCAGGGACAGAUACCAGCUCAGGGACAGAUGCCAAAUCAAGGACAAAUUACACAAGGACAGGGACAGAUGCCACCCCAAAUGCCUCCACAAGGACAGGUGCCCCCUCAAGGACAAAUGACACAAGGACAGGCGCCACCACAAGGGCAGAUUCCUCAGGGACAGAUACCCCAAGCUCAAAUGACUCAAGGGCAAUCCCAACCACAGGGACAAGCCCAAGUUCCACAAGGUCAAGCUCAAGUCUCAUCUGGAAACCACUAG